AUGGGAGAAAACAAUGAUUUCAAACAUAUAAUUAGUUUUGGUACAGAUAUAUGCGUAACCAUGGAAUUUCCAGGUUCGCGACCUACAUAUAUCACUCAAAUUUCCAAAGAUAGCUACUUAUCUCCCACUUUACGUCAAAUGUAUUUAUUUUCAAAAGAAAAACAACCAGAAUCAUUCCCAUACUUAUUUUCCAUGGUAGAAUAUAUCGAUGAGCUAAAAAUACUUAUUGCAAUACAAGCUGGCGCUCCGUUAAUGACAAUAUUAAACGCAAAAAAGGGUUUUCCUCUCAUUAUUAAAGAUUACCAUAUAGAUUCUAGCUCAGUUAAUCAAGUUCUUUACUCAAAAACAUCCGAAACGCUAAUUUUAAUUGGGUUUUCCAUGACAUUUCUAAAAUUCAAGGUAAUGAAGAAUAGGUAUGCAGAUAAUCCAGGUAUUGAAAUAUCGUUACAAAAGUCAAUUCCUAUUAGCGAAGUUACACCUCCUGGCUUUCGCGCAUAUUUAGACAAAGCAAAUGACAGGAUUGUAAUACCGACGAAAUUAGGCUAUAUUGUAUACUCAAUGGAUGGCGAGAUAAUAAAAAAUAACGAAAAAAUGUCAAAUUCAGUAGCUCACACUGCAUCAUUCAUUUUUGCACCGAAACUCGAUGAAAACUCGUCAUUAUCUGAACACAAGAAGAACAAAACAUACUUUAAACGCUAUUUAGUCACAAAUGAAGGUGGCAGAGUAAGGUUAUUUCAUUCAUCUGGCCAGAUGAUGACAGAAUAUAUUACAAGAAGCAACGAUUUCGUAUUUAGUGAGUUUCUUAAUUCUGAAUUCGUCAUUUUAGUUUCAACAGCCAAUGAUGUAAUCAUUCUUGAUGUAAAGACAGGCAAAAACAUGACAAUUUAUCAGUUACAAGGUAGUCCAAAGCAGAUUAGACUAUUUAAAGGAAAAUAUCCUCGUCUUUGUGUUCUUGUUUCGAAUACUUAUUACGUUUUGAAAAUUAAAAAUCCUUGGGUUCUCUUUCGCAAACUUUCAUGUCCACCAAUAAAAGUUCGUCGCUGCAUCAGCCAAGGCCGCGCUGCAAGAAUUGCCGUUCUUACAUCAGAUUCAUUCCUUUCGAUGUUUUCUCCAUCUCUUGGCCAAUUUUUGAUUUCAGCCGGAUCAACGGUCUCUUCCCACGUCACAGAUUUCAUCUACGAUAGAGGAAUAGUGCGAUACAAUACGCAAACAAUCGAAACAUCGAUGAAUGAAAGACUUUUCUUUAUUUCAAGUGAUAAAAAGAUUUUGUCAUUUACCGAAAAAAGUGAUUCAUGGGAAUUCGAUGAUUUACUUCCAAUUUCACCGCGAAUUGUCUGCGUCGGUGCAGCAUUUGAACCAUCGAAACUUGUUUUCUUCUGUUUCGCAGACACAGGCGAUUUACUAGUUUACGAUUACGAUGAUUACUCUCCUUUAACUCGAAUUCUUUUUGAUCAGAAGGUUCCUCUUUUCAUCUACUACCACUAUGGAACAGGAAGCCUCUUAAUCAUUUAUCAUAAUGAAGUCGUUUUCAUGGAUACUAAAACGUUCCAAAUCACGCGUAGGAUCAAACUCAACAAAAAGCCGAUUUCAGCUGGUUUCGAUGGCGACGUUGUUAUUCUUGCAUUUGGAGACUGUUCAGUGGCAGUUUACGAAAUUGGAGAGAAGGGAUGGUUAGAAAUAGCCAGUUUCGUUUGCACAGAUAAAAUCAAGUUUGUCAACAUAGAAAAUCAUGUUUUCAUCGCAGUGACAAUAUCGAACACGAUUUACUUCGGACAAACAAGCGAGGACAUAACAACAAUAGAGGUACCAUACGAUGUCUACACAUGCUCUCUUCUUAAUCCAAACAUCGACCUUUUAAUAGGCUUGGACAACGAACUUAUGGCAAUUAAGCGAGAUGACAACUAUCCAUGGAUGAAGCCUUUGCUGAAAUGCAAAUGUGAUACAGAUGAUCCACUUUUGGAGCAAUUUGUGAUUUUGCCAUCCCAUGAUGCAGAUGACAAAUUCGUCAAAAAUCCUACGAUUAUCAACGGAAUUGUUCCUAAGAGGAGUCAAUCUCCACCAAGUUCUCCUAAACCAAAGAAUCAAAUGCAGAAUAACAACAGAUCUCAGAGCGUCAAAGAAUUGCCUCAACUCGAUAGAUGGACAAUUCUCAAGGAGAUGGAGAGAAUCACUGACGAUGCACAAGUUCCAUUUGUGCCUUUGGAAAGAAAGGGAAAUAUUGAAUUUACUGUUCCAAGGCAUGUUAACAAACCGAAGCAACCAAUCCGAAGCUCAUCUGAGAGGCAGAAUGUAAAGAGUUUGAUUGAAGAAGAGGAAGAGAAAAAGAAAGAAGAAGAAAAUCAUAACAAAGUUAAUGUCAACAAUUUGCUCCACAAAUAUCAGAAGGAAAUCGAAAAAGAGCAAGAAAGGCAAGCUAGAAAAUCCAGAAGAGCAGAAGAAAAGAAGAAACGAAUGGAAGAAGAAAGAAAACGUCAACUUGAAGAAGAAGAGGAAGAUCCUCAAGAAAACAAAAAUCAAAACGAAGAAGAGGAAGAGAAACAAUCCGAACAAGAAUUAAGAUCAAAAGAAGAAGAGCUUGAAGUCAAGGAAAAUGAAGAAGAAGAGUUACAGAAUGAAAAUCCAGAACAAAAUGAAGAGAUCAUUCAAAUGAAUAAAUUAGAAAAACCAGUUAAUAUCACAGGUUUUGAAAUUUUAUCAAAGGAUAAUUUGAAGACAUCAAAUAAUGGAAUAUACAAAAUCGAGAAUAGAAAGUCAACAAAUCUUGAUAUGGCUAGAUUAUCUAAUGAGUUCAUCAGCAAAGCAAAAAAUCCUCUUUCUCAGUCCUUGAGACAAGACGAGGGCUUCUCGAUGAGAGUUUCUCACAUCAAAAUUUCGAGUGGAAGUCAAACACCAAAGAAGAAAACAUUCUCACAAAGUAUUUCUUCAAUGAACAUUUUCGGAAAACAAAUGCUACUACAAGUUGUUGCAGAAUUACCAAAAAUAAACAAAUCAGGCGUAUUUCAUUCAAGAGUUGAAUCUGAGAGCGACUCUGAUACAGAAGAGCAGGUUGUGGAGCAGCUAACGAAAAGCGGCCCAAUCUUUAACUUAUCACCAAGAAAAGUCGCUAACGAACACAAGAAAGAAGAGGAAGAAGAGACUCAAGAAUCUAAUGGCGAAGAAGAUGAUGUAUCAACAAAAGAUUUAACAAACGCAUUAAAGGAGAAAGAACAAAUUGUUAAAGAUGCUAUCUUCGCCACCCCAACAAAGAAGACACCCACAAAAAGAGUGCAAAUCAUUGAAGGCAGCAAAGAAAUCGAUACUUUGGAAGAAUUAAAUGCAGAAACACCGAUCAAAAGCAGGAAACCAAUGUCAUUGCAUGUCGAAACUGGCUUUUCACAAAGUAAUGAAGACGAUGGUGAAGAAUUCGAAGAACUUAAAGAUUCUGGAUUUAUUCCCCCAUCUUUUGAUGACACAGAUAAACCUCAAAGCGUAAAUUCACCAAGAAACUUUAAUGUUCAUCCACCAGUAUUUUCUCCACGCCGUUCUCGAUCCCCUCAGUUAGAGCAGCCUCCACUUGUAAAGCCAAAAGAAGAAAUCACCACUACAACUCGAUCAAGAAAUCCAAGAUUUUCAAGGAGAGAUCAGAAAUCAAGCAACGGAGCAGAAUCUUCUCGAGAUAAAUACACAGGCAAUCUUUUCACAGGAAGAGUUGGGUAUGGCCCAACAGGAAAACCUUUAGGUGACAUAGAAAUGGCGCUAAUAGUUCAGCCACUUCCAAAGAAAUAUGCAAAUCCUUUUGCAAGGAAAUAUAAUAAAAAUUAA